AUGAAGGUCCUGCAAUUGAUCGCAGCUGCACUCAUCGGCGCUGUUAGCUCAGCACCUUCUGGCGCUCAUCACUGUCUUGGUCCCAAGUGUGCUCCCGAGAGCGAUGCUCUGACUGCACGAGGACUUGAGAACCUCAAAGCUUUCACAGCUAGGAAAGGGUACACGAACACAACAUGUACAUUGGAGAAGGCCGUCGUUCGAAAGGAGUGGUCAACGCUGUGCGACAGCGAGAAGAAGGCUUACAUCGACGCAGUCCAGUGCCUUGCAAAGCUACCACCCAAGACGCCUGCUAGCCUCGCUGCCGGAGUAAAGAACAGAUACGACGAUCUAGUAGCAACACACAUCAACCAAACACUUUCCAUCCACGGAACUGGAAACUUCCUCUCCUGGCACCGCUACUUCACCUGGGCCUACGAACACAUCCUGCAAACAGAGUGCGGAUACAACGGCACUCAACCGUACUACAACUGGCCCUGGUGGGCCGCAGAUCCUCUCCGUGCACCAAACUUCGAUGGCAGCGAUUUGAGCAUGUCCGGCGAUGGCAAGUACGUCGCUGGUCGCAACGAUACGUGCGUCCCAUUCCCCGCCGCAUGCGGAGUCAGGCUUCCACCUGGCAACGGUGGGGGAUGCGUCAAGUCCGGUCCAUUCAAAGACUGGCAGGUCAACCUCGGCCCUGUAGCCCCCGUGCUCACUAACUUCACCGCGAACCCUUCUCCCGACGGUCUAGGCUACAAUCCACGUUGUCUGCGCCGCGACAUCUCGCAAGCUGCAGCGAGCGGGUGGACAAAAGAUUCUGACGUCGCCACCCUGAUCACCAACGCCGAUACCUCCUACAACUUCAGCACCACGAUGCAGGGCGAUUUCCUAGCCGGCUACCUGGGCGUGCACACAGCCGGACAUUUCACGAUUGGAGGGGAUCCAGGGGGUGAUUUGUUUGCGAGUCCGGGGGAUCCGAUGUUCUUCCUGCAUCAUUCGAUGAUCGAUCGUACGUGGUGGACGUGGCAAAACCAAGAUCUAGAGAACAGGUUGUACGCAAUCGGCGCGACAAUCACGACGAACAACAGCCCUCCGAGUCGCAAUGCUACUUUGGACGAUAUCAUCGGACUGGGUAACGUUGGAUUCCCUGAAUUGACAAUUCGAGAAGCGAGCAAUACCUUAGGGGGGCCGUUUUGCUAUAUUUACAAAUAG